UGAUGAUGUUGUGGUCCGGGUUUGGAGAUUCAAUACAUUACAUUACCCCUCUUAUAUAUAACAUAUAACUUGUUACCUAGGUUUUCCUACCUUCUUUAUCUCUCAAAAGAGAGACACAACAAAAGGAACCAGAGUGGAUUAAUUAGGGACAUGAGAACAAGGAGAGGAGCGUGUUACUCUGGAGUAGUCUCAAGGAUGUGUUCCGAUGCGAGGGUUUCCAAGAAAAAAAACAAGGAUCUGCACAUGCACAUGCAUAUGCAUAUGCAUGUCCCCGCCGGAGACUCCAUUAUUUAUAGCCGGAAAAGGCAGAAGAAAACGCCGGAGAAAACCGCCGGCGCUGAUUACGAAUUUUUCGAGUCUUUGCCGGACGACCUCGUAAUCUCCAUCUUCUGCAAACUUAGUUCCACCGCCACUAAACCUUCCGAUUUCGUCAAUAUUUUAAUCACGUGCAAAAGAUUAAACAGAUUAGCACUUCAUUCGCUUGUAUUAUCCAAAGCCUCGCCGAAAACUUUCACUAUUAAAGCAAGAGAUUGGUGCGAUUCGGCACACAAAUUCCUCAAACACUGUGCCGAUGCCGGAAACGUUGAAGCUUGCUAUACUUUAGGCAUGAUUCGGUUCUACUGUUUGCAAAACCGAGGGAGCGGCGCGUCGUUUAUGGCGAAGGCGGCCAUUAACUCUCACGCGCGGGCUCUGUAUGCGCUGGCCGUGAUUCAGUUCAACGGCAGCGGUGGCACGAAGAGCGACAAGGACCUACGCGCCGGCGUGGCGCUGUGCGCCAGAGCGGCGUUUCUUGGCCACGUCGAUGCGAUGCGCGAACUCGGCCACUGCCUGCAGGACGGUUACGGCGUGCGGCAGAACAUCGCCGAGGGACGGCGGUUCCUCGUGCAGGCAAACGCGCGCGAGCUCGCCGCCGUGCUGUCUACCGGCGCCGCCGCGCGCACCUGGCUGAGUUGGAAUCUUCAGCCGCAGCAGCUCCGGCAGGGGUCCGGGUGUCCGCUUCUCAGCGAUUUCGGAUGCAACGUGCCGGCGCCGGAGGUGCACCCCGCGAGCCUGUUCAUGGCGGAGUGGUUCGCCGCGCGGGGCGGUUCGCCGGGACCGGGGCUGAGACUCUGUUCUCACGCGGGGUGCGGGAGGCCCGAGACGAGGAAGCACGAGUUUCGAAGGUGUUCUGUGUGCGGCGUGGUGAAUUAUUGCUCACGCGCGUGCCAAGCGCUUGAUUGGAAGUUCCGGCACAAGGCGGAGUGCUCCCCCGUGCAGCGGUGGCUCGAGGAGGACGGCGAAGAUGUCGGUAACGACGACGGUGACGGAGAGGUGGAGGUUAUGGUAGAUAGUUAGCCAAUUUUUACAACAGUAACGGUCACGGAAGUCGCUUUGGACGGAAAAAUGAAUAUUUUUGGCGCAGUGAAAGAAAAAAAGGAAUUACUUGUGAUGAUUUAUUCGCCGUCUCAAAAAGGUAGAAAAGAGUAUAUGGCUUCUUUUCUUUUUUCCUUGUAUAGGUCGAAAAUUCUCCCGAAAAAAACGAGAGGAGAUUAUUUUUCUUUUUUAUUUUAUUUUGCAAUUUCGGAGUUUAAAGUUAAUUUAGAAAUUCAAUGCUAAAACUAAGAGGUUACUAGUUACUGCUAUAA